CUUUUGCUUAACUUGUUCUCUUUUCUCAUUAGAGUGAUUCGCCGACAUCUUGCAAAAACCACGACUAUCUUCGCUUCUAUGCAAUGGCUGGAUUCCUCAUCCCAUCAUGGUAUAAAGAGGCCGUUCCAACUCUAGAUGACCUCUUGAUCGCAAGCAUUAUCUGGGGAUUUACGCUGGCGUCUGGACUGUUCGCUGGUGCUAAAGCGUUCCAACAAACUACGACACUAUGGAAACGGUCUCGUCGAAUUCAGCCCUAUGCCGUCAUGGUGUGGGCGGAAUGGACUUCCUCCACAGUUAUUGGAGUUUUGUCCUGGCUCUUCAUCCGAGGAAUCGUCCGAGCAAGCUUCUGGGUUUAUUUUGCGUUUUUGUGCCUCUGGGUAAUUCAGAUCCAGUGUAUAUGCGGAAUCAUUGUCAAUCGAAUCGCUCUUUUGAUGGUCGACCGUCGCAUGGCUGCAAAGAUUAGAUGGUCUGUGGCUAUUAUUCUGGGUCUAAUCAAUAUCAGCGUGUUCUGCAUCUGGAUUCCGGCUCGAUUACAGAUUUCCACCACUUUUGUCUACGUUAACGAGAUCUGGGACAGGAUUGAAAAGGUCCUUUUUCUAUUCGUCGAUGCGGCCCUCAACUUUUAUUUCAUAUAUUUGGUUCGAACCAAAUUGAUCGCCUGCGGCCUUACCAAGUAUAUGCCGCUGUUUAAGUUCAACAUGUUUAUGGUUGGCGUGUCGAUGAGCUUGGAUAUUAUCCUCAUUGGUAGCAUGUCGAUUCCCAACGGUAUUAUCUACGUCCAAUUCCACCCGCUGGUCUAUAUGCUCAAGCUUCAUAUCGAGAUGAACAUCGCCGACCUUAUUGUCAAGGUCGUCCGGGCAUCAAACGACCACCCUUCUUAUGCGGACGGUACAGAAUUACGCUCGAGGCAAAAUAGGGAGGAAACCGCCAAAGAACAAGCAAAAAGUAACAACCGGCAGCAACCAACGGACCCUUUCCCUAUCAAUAGAAAUUAUAUCGAAACAUCGCCAGAAGGGGCCCAGAAGCGGUAUUCAGGACAUGGAAUCACAAAGAUGGUCCAGACCAAAGUGAUUUCGAGGCGGCGCGACGAGGAAAAUGAUGAAGACAAAAGUUCGCAGUCGUCCACUCGCAAAUUAAAGAAUGAUCAUCAACAAGAUCAGUUUUGA